CUCUGAUUUUUGUUCGGUUAAUGAUGCUCAAGACAUCGCCUGACCAAAGCAUCAAGAAGCUUCUCUUGCACUUCGUUUUCUCAGUCGCCUCUUCUCAUAAAGCUCGCUCACUGCUCCCAAAAUUUCGUGAGACCCUUAAACGACCCGGUUACUACCAAGAACGCAUCCUGCUCGGUAUCCUCAGAGACAACAAGGACACUGCGUAUGGUAAGGACUACGGUCUGGUCUCUAUGCGGAACAUCAAGGACUUCCGCAGCAAACAUCCUCUAACCAAAUACGACCAUUACCGCCCCUACGUGCAACGCAUGAUGGACGGGGAAGGUAGCGUCCUGACGGCGGUGAGACCGAAGUCUUUCACUCGUACUUCAGGUACGACCGGACAACCAAAGUACUUCCCGAUAGUAGAUAGACAAGGUAUCCUAAUGGACAUAUCAGCAGUCGUAACGGGAUUGCUCCAAGAGGCGUUUCCUGUUCUUGGACCGCUACAGAAACGAUUGCAGUAUUACGUUCAUCCGGUGAUAUCUCGCUCUAAGGCUGGUGUACCAAUAGAAUCGGCGCUCACGAUCCCAGCAGACAACGCCCUCCUAAUGUCAAUCUUCAACACACCCCCGGCUGGCUUCACUAUCCUGACAGCGUAUGAAGCCACUUAUAUUCACCUGCUGUUUGCACUGAGAGACAAAUCUAUAGGAAUAAUCGCUUCUAACUUCGUAACCUUCUUUGAGACGAUGUUGGUACAGCUGGGGAAUUGUUGGCAAGACAUCGUUGAAGACAUCGAACACGGGACCAUCCUGUCUUCUCUCAAUCUCGACGCAGGAAUCCGCGAGCAGCUUUCCCGUGAGCUGGAAGGAAAGGGCGACCCCAUUCGGGCGGAGGAGUUGAGGAAGGAAUUCAAGAAGGGUUUCGAGCACAUAGUCCCUAGGGUGUGGCCUCACGUCAAAGUGAUCAUGGGCGUAGACCCACAGGACACCAGAUUUCGACUUGCAAGGAAGUAUACAGGAGAUAUUCCAAUAUAUUCUUACGUAAUCGGCGCAUCUGAGGGAUUUAUUGCAAUGAACAUGUGGCCAUUAGAGAAGAGGCUCGGCUAUGUUCCUUCUUUUCUUCACAACUUCUACGAAUUCAUCCCCAUCGCUGAACUAGAUGAAGAAGAACCUGCUACCCUCUUACCCCAAGAACUCCAAGUAGGUGAGAGUUAUGAGAUCGUCAUCACAUCAAAAUCCGGGCUCUAUCGGUAUCGCAUGGGUGACGUCAUCAAUGUUACACGAUUUGAACAGGCAACACCGGUCUUUGAAUUCGGAUACAGGAAUGGACAGAUGUUGAACUUAUUUUUUGAGAAGAUUGAUCAGAAAGUCUUCUACUACUCGCUCAAGACCGCUAUUGAUCAGUGGAUUGAGGUGGAGUUGACUAAUUACGCCGUGGCGGAGAGUACGUUGAUCGAUACAGCCACCCAUGGUAUGUUGGAAUGCUCUCAAUACGUUUUCAUAAUAUAA